GGCCCAGGGCGAGGAGCGGGCGACGCGGGCCCCGGGCCGGGGCGGCGAGCGGGCAUGGCGGCGCGGGCCCGGCGCGCCUGGCUCAGCGUGCUGCUCGGCCUGGUGCUGGGCUUCGUGCUGGCCUCGCGCCUCGUGCUGCCCCGCGCCGCCGAGCUGAAGCGCGCGGGCCCGCGGCGCCGCCCCGAGGGCUGCGGGGGGCCGGGCCGGGCGCGGGCGGCGGCGGCGGCGGCGGCGGGGGGCGCGCGCGGGGCGGCGCCGCCCGAGCGCAGCCUGCUCUUCGUGGGGGUCAUGACGGCGCAGAAGUACCUGGGGACCCGCGCGGUGGCCGCCUUCAGAACCUGGUCCAAGACCAUCCCAGGGCGAGUGGAGUUCUUUUCCAGUGAGGGCUCCGACACAUCCGUGCCCGUACCUGUGGUGCCGCUGCCGGGUGUGGACGAUGCCUACCCGCCCCAGAAGAAGUCCUUCAUGAUGCUCCGGUACAUGCACGACCACUACCUGGACCAGUUCGAGUGGUUCAUGCGGGCGGACGACGACGUGUACAUCAAGGGCGACCGGCUGGAGGGCUUCCUGCGCAGCCUGAACAGCAGCGAGCCGCUCUUCCUGGGCCAGACGGGCCUGGGCACCACUGAGGAGAUGGGCAAGCUGGCCCUGGAGCCCGGCGAGAACUUCUGCAUGGGGGGCCCUGGCGUGAUCCUGAGCCGCGAGGUGCUACGGAGGGUGGCGCCCCACAUUGGGCGGUGCCUGCGGGAGAUGCACACCACGCACGAGGACGUGGAGGUGGGCCGCUGUGUCCGCAGGUUCGCGGGGGUGCAGUGCGUCUGGUCCUACGAGAUGCAGCAGCUGUUCUACGAGAACUACGAGCAGAACAAGCGGGGCUACAUCCGCGACCUGCACAACAGCAAGAUCCACCGGGCCAUCACGCUGCACCCCAACAAGAACCCGCCCUACCAGUACCGGCUGCACAGCUACCUGCUGAGCCGGCGCAUCGCCGAGCUGCGGCACCGCACGCUGCAGCUGCACCGCGAGAUCGUGCUGAUGGGCCGCUACGGCGGCACGGCCGUGGGCCGCGAGGACCAGCAGCUGGGCCUGCCGCCCUCCUUCACGCGCUUCCAGCCGCGCCGGCGCGACGAGGUGCUGGAGUGGGACUUCCUGACGGCCCGGCACCUGUACUCGGCGGCCGACGGGCAGCCCCCGCGCCGGGGCCUGGACUCGGCGCAGCGGGAGGCGCUGGACGACAUCGUCCUGCAGGUGAUGGAGCUGAUCAACGCCAACGCCCGGACGCGGGGCCGCGUCAUCGACUUCAAGGAGAUCCAGUACGGCUACCGGCGCGUGGACCCGCUGCACGGCGCCGAGUACGUGCUGGACCUGCUGCUGCUCUACAAGAAGCACAAGGGCAAGAAGGUGACGGUGCCCGUGCGGCGCCACGCCUACCUGCAGCAGACCUUCAGCCGCGUCCAGUUCCUGGAGCACGAGGCGCUGGACGCCCAGGAGCUGGCGGCCAGGAUCAACCGGGACUCGGGCUCCCUGUCCUUCCUCUCCAACUCCCUCCAGAAGCUGGUGCCCUUCCCGCUGCCCGGCGCCCGGCGCGCCCGCCCGGAACCGCGGGAGACCAAGAUCCACGUGCUGCUGCCGCUCUCGGGCCGCUUCGACAUGUUCGCCCGCUUCCUGGGCCACUUCGAGCGGACCUGCCUGCUGCCCGGCCAGAACGUCAAGCUGGUAGUGCUGCUCUUCAACUCAGACGCCAACCCCGACAAGGCGCGCCAGGUGGAGCUGCUGCGAGACUACCGCCUCCGGCACCCCAAGGCCGACCUGCAGGUGCUGCCCGUGGCCGGCGAGUUCUCCCGGGCCAUGGCCCUGGAGGUGGGUGCCGCCCAGUUCACCAACGACUCGCUGCUGCUCUUCUGCGACGUGGACCUGCUCUUCACGGCCGACUUCCUGCAGCGCUGCCGCGCCAACGCCGUGGCCGGCCAGCAGGCCUACUUCCCGGUCAUCUUCAGCCAGUACGACCCCAAGGUGGUCUACGGCGGCCGCGCGCCCAGUGACAACCACUUUGCCUUCACGCAGAAGACGGGCUUCUGGCGGCACUACGGCUUCGGCAUCACCUGCAUCUACAAGGGCGACCUGGUGCGGGCGGGCGGCUUCGACGUGUCCAUCCAGGGCUGGGGGCUGGAGGACGUGGACCUGUUCAACAAGGUGCUGCAGGCGGGCCUGAGGCCCUUCCGCAGCCAGGAGGUGGGCGUGGUGCACGUGUACCACCCGGUCUCCUGCGACCCCGCCCUGGAGCCCCGGCAGUACCGCAUGUGCGUGGGCUCCCGGGCGGCCACCUAUGGCUCCACGCAGCAGCUGGCCGAGAUGUGGCUGGAGAAGCAGCGGCCGGGGGACGGCGGCGGCCGCAACAACGGCUCCCUGCGGACGCCCUGACCCGCCCGCGCCGCCCUCACACCCUCUAAUUUAUUGCUCCGGACUGUUUUGUACGCUCGGGGUCUUUGGGUUUGUUUUUUGUUGUUGUUGUUGUUGUUUAUUUUUUUAGGGGCCACGGGGGAAGCCCCCCCACGGAGCUGCUUUCCACAUGGUUUUGUUACGGAGGACUCCUCGGCUCUCGGGCUCCUGGGGGUCAGGGCUUGCUUCUUGUCCCUAUGCAGUCGGGUCCCCCAGAGCACGGCGUGAUCACCUGCCCGUCGUGCUGUUGGACUGCAGACGUGGCUGUAACAGGAAGCGGACCCAGUGAACCGACUUCCUUUUUUCGUCCUCUUUUCUCCCUCCUUCAAGGUUCUUUUUUAGACUCCUUUUGUUACAGUUCUCUGCUAAGAACAGGAAGGAACGAAGAAAGAAACGUUCUUGCAAAGUAUUAUUGUAGCGAGACACUGUAACUCCGGUCCUCCUUUUGGUGUGACUGUUAACAUUGCGCAGAUUCAAGCCUUUGUCUCUCUCUCUCUCUCUCUCUCUCUUUCUUUCUCUCUCUCUCUCCCUCCCUCUUGCCGCCCCUCCUCCCUCGCUCCCUCUCUUCCGUUUGUUUGGAGCUGUUCCGCACAGCCCUCGGGAAUAAAGGACCGUGACCCCAGCUGCCUCGACACCUGCCUUGGGCUGAGUCUUGGCACCUAGGCCAGGGC